ACUUAACAUUGACAGCCAGGAAAGAAGAGGAAGAGCUGAGGCGCGUUUCUCAAGUAAAGUUAAAAACUGUCAAACAUGUUUUGCAGCAGCAGUUGUGUGUGAGGACAAAUGUCAACAUUGACUUUGACUCGAGUCGACGCGGCAGCUGAAGCUUGUGUGUGGCUGCUGCCAUGACUCAGUCUGUUAUUGUCCAGGUGGGACAGUGUGGUAACCAAAUUGGCUGCAGGUUUUGGGAUCUUGCUUUGCGUGAACACGCUCAUGUCAACAAAAGAGGAGUCUAUGAUGAGGCUCUCAGUAGCUUUUUCAGGAAUGUGGACUCAAGGAUAUCUGAUGGUGGAGCCUGUGGUGUUGGUGAGAGAAUCCAACAUCUCAAAGCCAGAGCGGUGCUGGUGGACAUGGAGGAGGGUGUGGUCAAUGAAAUCCUGCAGGGCCCAUUAAGAGAAGUGUUUGACAGCACCCAGCUCCUCACAGACGUGUCGGGCUCAGGCAACAACUGGGCAGUUGGACACAUGACGUAUGGCUCAGCCUACAGGGAGCAGAUAGUGGACAAGCUGCGGAAAGCAGCAGAGCACUGUGACUGUCUGCAGUGCUUUUUCCUCAUUCAUUCUAUGGGAGGAGGUACUGGUUCUGGCUUGGGGACCAAAGUGCUGAAACUCCUGGAGGAGGAAUUCCCUGACGUGUGCCGAAUCGUCACCUCAGUCUAUCCAUCUGCGGAGGAUGAUGUAAUCACCUCACCUUACAACAGCGUUCUUGCCAUGAAGGAGCUCACAGAGCAUGCUGACUGUGUCAUUCCUGUGGAAAACCAGUCGUUGGUUGACAUUGUGAAUAAGAUUAAAUACAUGUCUGAUGGUGGGAAGCCAGGGUCUGUGAUCAAGAGAGACAGCGCCAUCAUCUCUGGGCGAGGUGGGCUCAGUGGUGCAGAGAAGCCCUUUGAUGCUAUGAACAACAUUGUUGCUAACCUGUUGCUCAAUAUUACCAGCUCAGCCCGUUUUGAGGGUUCUCUCAACAUGGAUCUGAAUGAGAUCGCCAUGAACCUGGUGCCUUUCCCACGGUUACACUACCUGGUGCCCAGCCUCACUCCGCUCUACACACUGGCAGAUGUCAAUGUCCCUUCCAGAAGACUGGAUCAGAUGUUCAGCGAUGCCUUCAGUAAAAACCACCAGCUAAUCCGAGCCGACCCGAAGCACAGCCUCUACCUGGCUUGUGCUCUCAUGGUCAGAGGAAACGUGCAGGUGUCUGACCUCCGCAGGAACAUUGAGAGACUCAGGCCAUCGCUUCCCUUUGUCUCUUGGAACCAGGAGGGCUGGAAGACUGGCCUGUGUUCAGUGCCUCCUGUGGGUCACUCCCACUCCCUGUUAGCCUUGGCCAACAACACCUGUCUGAAGUCCACAUUUGUGGAGCUGAGCGAACGUUUCACCAAGCUCUACAGGAAGAAGGCUCAUUUACAUCACUAUCUGCAUGUAGAUGGGAUGGAGCAGAGCUGCUUUUCAGAGGCUGUCACCUCUCUCAGCUCCCUCAUUGAAGAGUAUGACCAUCUUGAUGCCACCAAGGGGAAAAUAGUGCUAGAUGCAACCAGGCUCAGCAUCGCCACAUGAAGGUUUUCCAUGUUGUGAAUCUAUUUUAUAUUAUCUAUUAUAUGUAUAUAGCAUCUUUUAUAGUUAUAAUUUCUCUUAUUGUCCAAUUUAUGACCUGAUUAAAUAUUUCCUGUGUGAAAAAAAUAACAAUUUUCUCAUUUUAUACCCAAUGGUGAUACACUGAGUAUUGAAAAUCUAUUUUCAUAAUUUGAACAAUAAAAUAAUUUAUGUCUUA